ACCAACAAGCAAAGUUUCUAUGGAAACAUAACUCAAGUACAACAGCAAACCAAACCGAACAAAUUAGUAAUUUCGCUGCUGUUUCAAAACGACAGAGGAAAAGAUGUCUCUUCCAUUUUUACCUGGAAACAAUUUUACAGAUCCAACUAAAACCAAGUUCCACCGUUCGCAAACACUGCACUGGAAUAAUGGCUAUUCAUUGCCCCAGCUACCAACCACCGGCAUUGGAGGGGAACCUUUGUCAGUAAAUCAGCUGUCACAAGCAGAGCUUGACGAGCUUGCCAAUUUCAAGCCAUCAUUAACAUAUGGCCAGGCAAUCCAAGCCCCACCUGAAGACUUUAUUCCUGCUAGUGUUGGUUUUGAUAAAAAGGUGUUGCUGUUCAAUGCAUAUUUUAAACAGACAGUGCACGAGUCUCCCAAUGAGCAUUUUAGGAUAAGACAUGUCAAUAUUUAUUACUACCUUGAAGAUGAUUCCAUUUCAGUGGUAGAGCCUGUGGUUGAGAAUAGUGGAAUUCCACAAGGAAAACUUAUCAAAAGACAGAGAUUGCCAAAGAAUGACUUAGGAGACCAUUGGCACUGGAAAGAUCUUAACAUUGGAAUAAAUGUAUCAUUCUAUGGGAAGACAUUUUUCAUCUUUGACUGCAACCUAUGGACAAAGGAAUUCAUGGCAAGUGAAGGAAUUGUCCUUAACCAACCAGAGGAAUGCCCAGGUGACCCUUACACAGAGUCCAGAAAACAGCCAAUCAGGUCUUACAAGACACCCUCUACCUUUGACAAGCUACGUCAGUUCAUUGAGCUUGACAGACAAGUCUUGCGAUUUUAUUGUUUAUGGGAUGAUCGUGAUAGCAUGUUUGGUGAACUAAGACCAGUUAUUCUUCACUAUUACCUUGUCGAUGACACUAUGGAGAUCCGUGAAGUUCAUGAACCAAAUGAUGGCAGAGACCCCUUCCCUGUUUUAAUACGUCGACAGAAGAUGCCAAAAGAGAGGGAUAAUAUCAAAUCCUCGUUUCCUGUCGCUGUCAUGGAAAUAUCAGAGGAAGAAGUCGAUGGAUGGUACACUCCAGCAGAUUUUCGUAUUGGGCAAACACUAUUUGUUAUGGGCCGGCGUUUUCUUCUUUAUGAUUGCGAUGAAUUCACCCAGUCGUUCUAUCAAGCAAAUUUUGGCAUGACUGACUUCACCCCAUACGAUGUUAAAGGUGAAAUAAAGGAAAGAGCACCAAAAAUACUUCCACCUUAUAAUGGUUUUGGCUCAAUGGAAGAUUCACUACAAUCAUGCCUUUCGCUAGUACCACAGGCACCCAAAAAGGAUUUUAUCAAAAUGCUCGAGAACGACAACAAAGUUCUUCGAUAUGAAGGGAGACUGCGAUCUGUCAGACAAGAAGAUAAAGACAGAAGGUUCAUCAUUUCUUAUCGAUUAGCAGAUGACAUGAUUACCGUUUACGAACCACCACAAAGAAACUCGGGGAUACUUGGUGGGAAGUUUCUCGAGAGGACAAAAGUUAGGAAGCCAGGAACUUCAAUUGAUAAGCCAGAAUUUUACACACCUGCAGAUUUCAAAAUUGGUGCCACGAUUGAAAUAUACAAGCAUAAGUUUGUCGUAUAUGAUGCUGACCGUUAUGUGCUUGAGUACUUGGAAAGUUUUCCCGAAAUAUACCCCCUGGAUACUAUCAACUCCAUACGAGAAAAGCACGGUCUUGAAAAGAUUUCAAAAAAUGAAAAUACACAAAACGAACAAGGAAGAGAACCAGACAGUUAUUCCAAAACAGAGUAUCAGUGGAGGUUCAAAGGAGAUGGCCCUGAGUACAAAUGGAGAGUUUAAAAACACUUUCUAAAAAUGUAUAAAUAUUAACUUUGUAUUAUAGUUAUUGCUACCAUUUGGAUUAUUAACAAAUGAAGCUUUCA